AUGCCUGGCCUGCGCUUUUUGUUUACCGUUGUUGUCCUGCUCUUGCUGCUGUCGGCGCUUCUUGUGGGCGCCAAAGAACCUAUCCAGCAUGUCAGCAUUGUUCACCGCCACGGUGCGAGGGAUGCACCGCCUCUCAUUCACAAGGGUUUUGCCGACGUUACACAGCUGACGCCAAGUGGGGAGACAAUGAUGCAAAACCUUGGAAAACUGCUGCGGGUGACGUACGACAGUUUCAUCUCUUCCUACGACCCCGAUGCGUAUGACGUCUUCUCUGAGGAUGCUGACAACUGCAUCCAGUCGGCGCACGGGGUGUUACAAGCCUUUUGCUACUCAUCCUCCCCAUUUUUUCCCAUUGUAAGGCAUACGCCUAUGGAAACGGAUUGGCUUAUGGGAUUCAACCACAUGCUUCCCAAUAUGUAUGCCCGUCCUCAGUGGUUUUUCUCAUACCGGAAUAACGAUACGCUGGCGCGAGCGAUGCUAUCUACAGCCGAGCUUCAAACGCUUUCUAGUGAAUUUGGCAGCUGGUGCACGGAAACACCUAUGCAGUGUGCCCUUUUUGCUGCGGACGCUCUUCAGUCCAGGAUUACUGCGGGCAACGUGUCCACACAACUCCAAGCUGUCUUUAAGGCUAAACUUUUACCCUUGUCGUAUGGUGAUAAUAAACACAAGUUUGGUUUCCAUUCUACGGAUCCUUACGCCGUAGUAGGAUCUCCAGCCUACAGCCUAACGGCAAAAGUGUUGCAUGAUGCAGCAACCGGCGACAAAAAAGUUUGCCAAUACUCCGUUCAUGAUUAUGCCAUAUUGGGUGUGCUUAACGUCCUUGGCGGAAUUCAACUGGAUGACAUUGAUCCCAAGUGGCUUCCCCGCUUCGGCGCCGUGUUGACGGUGACAAGCUACCGCAACGGAAACGUUUCCUUCAGCUACGCUGAGCCUCAGCAGGAGGCGGGAUCCCGCCUGGACUACGUUUCGGGUUUAUUACCCAUAACGGUGCAUUGCCAAACGGCUGAGGGAUCAGACUAUGUGGCAUCAACGUGCCCAUUGAGUGAUGUUUGGCGUCACGUGAACCGCUCAAAGCCGACUAUGGCGGAUCCCUUUUGCUAUCUUCGUCCGGAGGAUAAGUGUGACAUACUUGAUGCAGUGCCUAGCGCACACUGCCAGUACUAUCGCAAGUACUGCCCAAACGAGGUAUGUGGGCCCAGUGCGGAGCUGGAUCCCUCGCGGAACUAUACCUGUGUUUCGUUUUCCAAGAGGAAACUUAUGAAAAAUUACCUCCUUGCGUUUAUUCUCGCCGGCGUGGUUGGCGCGGUUGUGGGAAUAGCUAUUGGUGCUUUUAUUGCUCUCUUGCUUCGAAGAACAGAGUCGAGGGAAGAGCAUCGGCGGCUUGUUUUAAAUGCCGAAGCGGGCGGGACCACUGCCUAG